AUGUCUGCACCUAAAGAUAUCAAGGAUUUCAACACGCAAGUGAAGAGGACGAGUGAUAGGAUCAACGGCAACUCCGCGUCCAUGUCAGGUGCGAACCCUGCUGCUUUGACACAGGGAGAAACUGGAUCCAGCCCUGCCCCACCGGCUGUCGGCGCCGGAACUGGAGGAGGACCCACGGUGCACGAACCUGCAGGAGGGAACCUGGACAAUGGUCAACCCUUGCCAGGAAAGGAAAUGUCCAACGCCGCCGUCCCUAGCGGAAAGUCUGGGACCAGAGUAGCCUCCUCAACAAAUAGCUCCGGGGUUUCCACCAUACCGGCGACGGCUACCGUACCAAGGUUACCUGUCAAUCCCGCGCAAGGUGUACUGGCACCUCUGAUUGCUGAAGAAGUGAUAAAUAAAACUGUUGUAAACGGCACAUCAUUGCCAUCAGUUUCCUCCGCUGCUGCCCAUUCAAAGUUUAUGGCGGGUACAAGUACCAUCCUGAAUCGGAUAGACGAAUGUUCACCUGAUGCUAUUAAGACGUGGCUUCAGUCCCGUGGCUUCGACUUGGUGGCAUUGACUCCCGGAGGUACCUCGAAGGAAGUGGCGGAACUCACGCCUAAUGCUCAGAACACCCCCGCAUCCCACGAGCAGAAUACAUCUUCCAAGGCGGCUGACGAACCCCUGACUGCUGGGAUGGCAGACACCAGUCUGGCAGGCCGCAAUGUUGCUGCAGCGACCUUGUCCGAAUCUGCAGGUGAGACACCAGGACCAGCUGCGAUUCCGGCUAAGCGACCGCCCACGACACAGCUCGGGCCUUUUGAUCUCACCGUUGACGAAGAUGACAAAAUAGUCGCUCUGGCGGCCUGGUGGGAAAUCAAUCCUUUAACCGACCGACGCCACGCUCUCACAGCUUCUCAAAUUAUCACUCUUACAACAACUUGCCGGUGUACGACGGCCCAGGAGGUUCUGCGCCUAAUAACUUUGAAGAUAGGAGACAGGCGUUCAGAAGUAACCAUUCCAGAGGCCGUAGAGGGAGCUGGAACGGUGGAAACCAUGGUUCGAGGGCAGGGAGCCCUAGUCGUCGCCGGGAGAAUUGGUGAAGAGAUCGUGAUGACCGUCGGGGUGAUGCGAGAGAUAAUGCUGGACCUGCAGGGAGGCAAAUGCAUGUCUACUGUCGAAUAUGAGAUCUUCCUUGUUCCUGUGGAGUUUUAG